AUGGCUCGCGGCCAUGUGCUCGGUGUGUGCUGUCAACUUCAAAAGACAUGCCAAUUUGUCGAGAAACCGAAAGAGGACCAUGAACUAAAGAUCGAGGCGCUUCAAAGAGAGAUCGAGUUUCUCAAGUCCAGACUGCAGCCAACUCAGGAACCUAUGAUGGAAUGCUCACCUGCUACCUACUCAGCGGAGGAUCAGUCGUCAUUUAUCACAGCGAGUCGUACAGAGAUCGCUGCUCAUGGGGUAUACACACCAGCACAAGCACAAGUUCCUCCACAACCCGUGACAUCGACGAGCACGAGCUCACCAGAUACUGCCACAUUCCUUAUCAGAUCACAGGGGAGAUCAAGGUCAGCCUUUGAGACCGAUGCAAUAGCACCGACGAUUGCCGAACUCGGGAUUGAGAUGAAGGAUGACGAGGGGCGGCUGUACUUCAACGCCUUUUUCUCCGGCUGUGAUCGCUACGUUCCUGUCUUUGACCAGCGAUUUGACACAAUUGAAGCUAUUCGAAGUCAAAGUCCUUUGCUAUUCAUCACAAUAUGCUCAGUUGGGUGUCGUGUGCUCAACGGUACAAGCUCGAGAUGGCGAGCUCUUGCGCUUCAGACUCAACGCAUGCUCAAUGCCGCUAUCGUCAAUCCGUUGAUGGGAAGCCUUGAGACAGUACAGGCAAUCCUCGUUCAGGCUUGCUAUGCAAGAGAGAGGGCACUUCUGAUUGCAAUUGCGACGCGCAUGGCCUUGGAUCUUGGGUUCCCUGAAGCCUACGAUACACUCAUUGCAGAAGCCGUCUUGGGAGAAAUGCAGAUGGACAACAGUGACCAAGCUAUCUACAACCACAACAUUAUGCGCAUGCGCAAGACCAGAGUUUGGCUGCAUUUGUUGGUGAUGAGCUACAUUCUACAUGUGGAUGCUGGUGGAAUGCCAACGUUCAAGUUCCGAGGCGCUUCACGCAGAUGCAGAGUCCUCCUACAAAGUCCACUUGCUACCGGGAUGGAUCAUUAUCUCUUUGCUCAGGUCGAACUCAACGUUCUACGUGCAAAGAUAUAUGCAUCUUUACCCCAGGGUGCCAACCUGAGCGACGAGGAGAUUCUUGAUCUUGUAAAAGAUGCCAAACUCGACAUCGAUGUCUGGUUCCAGGACUGGAUUCGUAUCUCGCUGCCUCAUCACGAUUCAAUGCCUUGGUUUGUGCCUAAUCUUUCUGUUCAGCGCUGCUGGGCUGAUAACAUGGCUCUUUGCCGUGCGGUGAGGGCUGCAGGCGUGGAGAACGUCAACGUCAUGUCACCCAUCCAGAAGAACAUCUUAUCAAUGACCAAAGCUUCCCUCCAGCAACAUCUUGAUAUAAUCAUUCAAGAACCACGGAUAUAUCUUAAGAGCAUCCGGUAUGCAAUGGACUUUGUCUGGGCUAAGAAUACUUUCUGCUGCCUUCUUCUUCUCAAGCUGUCCGCUUUGCUCCCCGACACAGAUAAGUUGCAGACGCAAGGUCGCAGCGAUGAGCUUGUUAUAAAAGCUAGUAUCCUGCUACAGGAACUGGAAGUAGUCGCUGCCGCAGGACACAAAGACGACACUCGGUCAAAUACCAGCUUACUAUACCUCCAACUUUUGAAGACGAGUAUACAGAAGUACAAGUGCUGGCUAGCCCAGGAUGAAGGAGGCCCCAGAGGAGGACAGUCAACCUUUCCUCUGACCCAAGAGAGGAACUGCGAUAACGAGCUUGAGUCCUUUGUCCCAGAUCAGUUUGUCUUCGAAUGGGACUUUCCAGGCCUGACCCUGUUUUCGUCUCCGAUCAAUGAGACUGGUUGGAUCAAUGAACUUCUCGCGGGAGCACAAGAGUUUGGAGAAAACGGAAGCAGCAUCAAUUGGGCUCUGAUCGACUUUUCUAUGUGAAAGAGUCUGCAGAAACGAGAUGGCUAUUGUGGCGUAAAGGACAGGACACUGUACUCUGCGACUCUGCAAGCUGCAGUAGCAUAACAUCUCACUCUAAUCGCUGCUUAUCGAUAGCUUAUCGGCCAGCACUAAGCCGAUAUGUUGAUCAGCCCCACCAAGGCAAUCAGAUCCAAUACUGGGUUGACUUAACCCUCACAGAUAUUCUCGCCUCACCGUUUUUCUCUAUGCGCGGCAAGACUAACCCUAAGACGUUCUCGCAGUCAGUCUUACUUUAUUUGUAGCCAACAUACAGGAAACUCGGCUUGUAGAGAUAGUGGCAACUCAUACAGCUAGUCGUGAGCUCUGCAAGGUCAGCAACCCCACUGUAGUUAAUUAAAAUUCUCUUUUCAGGUGGAUUCAGAAGCAUCGCCAUCAUGUC